GCUGCUCCCUCCGACCCUCCCCCUCCGUUGCCGCCGCCGCUCCUCUCCGCCGGGCUCGACGGCGGUCCGCGGCCCCUCCUCUCCCCUCCCGCCCCCCGGCCUCCCCUUUAUUGCCGGUCGCCGCGGUCGCCGGCAUCACCGCGCGGCCACCAGCACUGAGCAGGCGACGAGCACCCACCAGGCCAAUUCUCGAGGCAAGAUGAGCUUGAUAUCCCAGAACGCCCAGAAGCGUCGCCUUGAGAAAAGUGGAGCUGAUGAUGGAAAUGAGGGAAUCGGCUCUCCUGUUGCUAUCGAUGGAGAGGUUGGGAAGGGAGCCAAGUUGAAGAAUCACAAUAAAGAAAGGAAGAAGAGGACUAAGAUGCCGGAGGCCCAGCAGAACAAGGAGGAAGAGGAGAUGCGGCAGCUGGAGAGCUCGCUGUUUGGUGCCCUUUACGCACCACUGGAUUUUGGCACUGAGGUAGGGGCUGCAGUGGCAGCUCCUGACAGGGGUGCGCCUUUGUUCUUCACGGAUAGAUCUGCUGCUGAUGGUGCGGAUGUCUUGCCUAUUUAUGAGGAGGACUUGGCUCAUGAUGAUGAGGAAGAUGGGGUGAUAAUCAAGGGGAGAAAGCCUGUGUGGGUAGAUGAGGAAGAGGAGAGGACAGAGGUGGACAUUGUGAAGGUUGCAAGGUUGAGGAAGCUCAGGAAAGAGGCUGAUGAGCAUUUAAUAUCAGGGAAAGAAUAUGAGGCUCGGUUGCGUGGUCAGCAUGCCAAAUUGAACCCCUUCACUGCUUGGGCUGAUAUGGACCGGAAGACUCCUCUUCCUGGAGCAUCAGAUGGUGAGUCUGAUGAUGAGGGGGGUGUUGAUGAUAUCCUUCAGAAUAACGAUGAGCUUGUUGUCAAGGAUACUGUUAAGCUUUUACCUGGGAUGCUGGAGUUCUCAAGGCUUGUAGAUGCCAAUAUCCAGGAUCCUUCAAGUGGCCCUAUUAAUUCAGUGCAGUUUCAUAGGAACGGGCAGCUGAUGCUUGCUGCUGGGUUGGAUAAGCAUUUGAGGUUUUUCCAAAUUGAUGGAAAGAGAAACCCCAAGAUCCAGAGCAUAUUUAUUGGGGACUGUCCAGUACUCAAGGCCUCGUUUCUACCUGAUGGCUCUGAAGUCAUCCUUUCAGGCAGGAGAAAGUUCUUCUACUCAUUUGAUCUGGUAAAUGCUUCUGUUAGCAAGAUUGGACCUUUGACAGGGCGUGAGGAGAAAAGCUUGGAGAGCUUUGAGAUAUCACCUGACUCAAGAACCAUUGCUUUCGUUGGUAAUGAAGGAUACAUCCUCCUUAUUUCUGCCAAGACAAAGCAGCUCAUUGGAACCCUCAAGAUGAAUGGAAGUGUGCGUUCGUUGGCAUUUGCAGAUGGUGGAAACCAGCUACUGAGCAGUGGUGGAGAUGGGCAUGUUUAUCACUGGGAUCUUGGAACAAGGAAGUGUAUCCACAAGGCGAUGGACGACGGUUCCCUGUCUGGCGUUUCACUUUGCACCUCACAGGACAGCUCUUUGUUUGCCACAGGCUCCACUAGUGGUAUUGUGAACGUGUACAAGAGGGAUGAUUUUCUUGGUGGGAAGAGGAAGCCACUGAAGACAAUUGAAAACCUAACCACCGAUGUUGGCGAGAUGAAGUUCAAUCAUGAUGCCCAGAUUUUGGCGAUCACCUCGAGAAAGGAGAGGAAUGGAAUGAGGCUCGUGCACGUCCCAUCCUUCAGUGUGUUCCAGAACUGGCCAGGGCCUCGUUUCAGCCUUCAUUAUCCACGGUGCCUGGAUUUCAGUCCAGGCAGCGGUUUUCUAUCUGUUGGACACGCUGGUGGGAAAGUUCUACUAUACAAGCUGCAUCACUAUCAAAAUGCCUGAGCCUUGAAAGUGUAUUGGGAAAAUCCAGUUUUGACACUUUCUAGUUUCUGAGAAUUCCUGUGCUAUCCGUACGCCGAUUCCUGUUAGUCAGUUAUUGUUGUGUUGUACUGCCACAAGCUAUAGUGCUUAUCACGAUCUGGCAAUAUGCAAUUGUGUUUUGGUAAUAAUUGUUAAUUGCAGAGUUCUAGGAACUUUUGUUGGUGAAACUAGCUAAUAUGAUGAGAUAAUCUGGAGCAA